GUGGCCCGGAAGUGCCCAUCCCAGUAUUCACAGAGAUCGGAGAGAGGGAGAGAGAGAGGAUGGGAGGUUGGGCGAUCGCCGUGCAUGGGGGCGCCGGUGUGGACCCCAACCUUCCGGCGGAGCGGCAGGAGGAGGCGAAGCGCGUCCUCUCCCGGUGUCUCCACCUGGGCAUCGCCGCCCUCCGGGGCGGCGCCGCCGCGGUGGACGUGGUGGAGAUGGUGGUCCGGGGACUGGAGACGGACCCCGUGUUCAACUCCGGGCGGGGGUCCGCGCUGACGCGGCGAGGGACGGUGGAGAUGGAGGCCAGCAUCAUGGACGGCCGCGGCCGCCGGUGCGGCGCCGUCUCCGGCCUCUCCACCGUCAAGAACCCCAUCUCCUUGGCCCGCCUUGUCAUGGACAAGUCCCCCCACUCCUACCUCGCCUUCGACGGAGCCGAGGAGUUCGCCCGCGAGCAGGGUGUAGAAGUUAUCGACAAUAGCUAUUUCAUCACUGAAGAGAACGUGGGCAUGCUGAAGCUCGCCAAGGAAGCCAACAGCAUCUUGUUUGAUUACAGGGUUCCAGUUCCUGGCGUCGAGACAUGCAGCGCCAGCGCUGGAUCCAUGGUGGACAACCCUCUGCAAAUGAACGGCCUCCCUAUCAGCAUCUACGCGCCAGAGACCGUGGGGUGCGUCGUGGUCGACAGCGGCGGGUGGUGCGCCGCCGCCACCUCCACCGGAGGUCUCAUGAACAAGAUGAUCGGCCGCAUCGGCGACUCGCCGCUGAUAGGCUCUGGAACCUACGCCUGUGACCUCUGUGCCGUUUCAUGCACCGGCGAGGGCGAGGCCAUCAUUCGGAGCACAUUGGCGAGGGACGUGGCGGCGGUCAUGGAGUACAAAGGUCUCGGCCUCCAGGAGGCAGUGGAUUAUAUCAUCAAGAACAGGCUGGACGAAGGCCAGGCCGGGCUUAUCGCGGUCUCGAGAAAUGGUGAGGUGGCCUAUGGAUUUAAUACUACAGGAAUGUUUAGGGCUUGUGCUACCGAAGAUGGGUUCAUGGAUGUGGGGAUAUGGGAGUAGGUGUACGUAUACGUUCCCGGCCGGUUGUCUUCGUCUUGAAGACAACUCUAGGAAUUUGUCUGCCUUCAUAGCCAGAUGCAUGGGAUCUCUCUCUUUUCUCAGGGUGAAUGUCGACGGGUGGGUUAGCGAAUAUUAAUGCCCGUCAUGGAAGGAGAAUAACAGUAAUAUUAUCUCUAUUUGUAGGCCCUCUUUCACCAUCUGUUCAUCAUGUUUAUCACCUUAACAUCUGCCAUCUCGUUUGGUUCGCAAA